CAGGGAACAAGCUGAGGAAGGGUGUUAAAGAAAACGCCGAAGUAUUUAACGUUGUAGUUUUCUUAUGGGUAUUUUGUACAUCUCUAAACGAAUACUUGGAGUUACUACUUGUAUUUAAAUUCCGAUAUGGCAACAUCGUGUCUACGGAGAGGACUAAACGCUUGACUUAUUAUUUUGUGACUCGGACGCGGAACUCAGUACGCCAAAGGUGAACAAUGACAGAGUACAAACUGGUGGUGGUUGGAGCUGGAGGCGUGGGCAAGAGUGCUCUCACUAUUCAGCUCAUCCAGAACCAUUUUGUAGAUGAAUAUGACCCUACCAUAGAGGAUUCGUACAGGAAGCAGGUGGUGAUUGAUGGAGAGACAUGUCUGCUGGAUAUCCUGGACACUGCAGGUCAGGAGGAGUACAGUGCCAUGAGGGACCAGUACAUGAGGACAGGGGAAGGCUUCCUCUGUGUAUUUGCCAUUAAUAACACCAAGUCAUUUGAGGACAUUCACCACUAUAGAGAGCAGAUUAAGAGAGUGAAGGACUCAGAGGACGUCCCUAUGGUGUUGGUGGGGAACAAAUGUGACCUUCCGUCUCGCACUGUGGACACCAAGCAGGCUCAGGAUUUAGCACGCAGCUAUGGCAUUCCCUUCAUCGAGACCUCAGCAAAAACGAGACAGAGAGUGGAGGAUGCCUUUUACACUCUGGUACGGGAGAUCAGGCAGUACCGGUUGAAAAAAAUCAGCAAAGAAGAAAAGACUCCGCGCUGCAUCAAGCUUAAAAAAUGUGUUGUGAUGUAAAGGGGGUGUUGAUGAUGCAUUUUAUACGUUAGUCCGGGAAAUCCGAAAACACAAGGAGAAGAUGAGCAAGGAGGGGAAAAAGAAGAAAAAGAAGUCCAAGA